GAGACGAACGAGCGCCUGCAGCAGUUCCAGCAAUUGCAGCAACAGAAUUCGAUGUCAACGAUCGAUGCUCGCUUUCAUCAAGCACAGGAGAAGGCCCUCGCCACUGAGACAAAGGCCGCCACCAAGGCAGAGCAGCCAUCCCAGGAGCCGCUUUCUUUGACCGAGCAAGUCCAGAAAGCCGCUUCGGCCAAGCACUCGCCGGCACCUCAACAGCCUGGCCUGCCUCAGCCCUUCCCACCUGCGCCAUCUCAGUCUCCAUUGCCAGCACCAGCUGCACAGCGUGCUGGUAGGCAGAGCGUCGCUGACCAGCUUCAGACCGACUCUCGCGAUCGUUCCUCGACUCCGUCUGUUGACACUCCCAGUAUCGCGGUCGCGCCAUGGGCCAAGGAGCCAGCUGAAGCUUCUCGCGGACCUUCUCUCAAGGAGAUUCAAGAGGCAGAGGCUAAGAAGGCUGCUGAAGCCGAAGAGGUUGCCGCAGCCGCUCGUCGUGCUGCUUUUCAACGCGAGCUGGAGGCUCAAGCUCACGUGAACACCGCUCCUCAGCCAGGUCUGCCAACAUCCUCUACUUGGGGUGCCGUAACGCCAACUGCAGGCACGCCAACUGGCGCCAUGCCUGCUGCAUGGGCCAAGACUGCUAGCAAACCUGCUGGACCAACCGCGUCCAAGACUCUAGCUCAGAUCCAGAAGGAGGAAGAGGCACGUAAGAGAAAGUUGGCCGCCGCUGCUGCUGCCGCUCAGGCCCAAGCCAGCCUUAUGGGCGCUGCGCCUGCUCCCGCGGUAGGUAAGAGCUACGCGACUUUAGCCGGCAAGAUCACCAUUCCUCCAGUCAACCCGAACGCUCCUGGUUCGGCGUGGACUACUGUCGGUGCGAGCGGGAAGGUCAAGACUCCCGGUGGUCCAGCGAUCAGCCCAGCUAGCACGCGCACUGCGAGUCAGGGUGUGCUCCCAGCUGCGGCAUCCAUUCCUGCUGCGAUUGCAUCUCCCGCACUCGUCAGAAAAGCUCCAGUCAGCCGCUCAGCCUCGAUGGCCAACCCAGGUGCUGUCAAUCCUCAUGAUGAAUUUCGCAAGUGGGCUAUCAACGAGCUGAGGCCUGAUCUGAAGAAGGGUAUCAAUGUUGAUGAGUUCGUCGGAACGCUUGUCAUCCUCCCACCCGAGAGCGAGGUCAUCACCGAGGCUGUGCAUGGUGUCUCAAACACGAUCGACUCCCGCCACUUCGCCGAAGAAUUCAUUCGCCGCAAGCGUCUCGCCGACAAGGGCCUUGUGGACACCAGCAUUCCGAAGAGCGCAUCGCCAGCUCUCGCCGCAGACAACAAGACUGGUGGUUGGAACGAAGUCGCAAAGAAGGGUCCGAGCAAGGAGCCCGUGAAGGAGGAGGCUAACGGCAACUUCCGCGUUGUAGCAUCGAAGAAGAAGGGAGGAAAGAAGUAGAUGUGGGUUGGAUGUCAGAAGCGAUGUCAUUCGUUGACAAUGAACUUGACGACUGAUCGUCCAAUUGAUGAACGGCUUGUAAAACGAUUGAGUGGGCGGAGUAUGUAAGAUAUCACAGCCGCAGAACCACUAUCCGUUCGCUCACUAUACUUUCACCUUGGUGGAUCACAA